GAGAGAGAGAGAGAGAGAGAGAGACGGGGAGUUAAAUAGAGGUGCGAGUAGGGGAGUCGUGUCAGAGGAGACUCAAGGGGGAAGGUGUGAAGGAGCUGCACAGGGCAUACAAGGAGGCAACACCGAUGGAUGGAUAGACUCUCAGAACAGUGUUGAGGAACUCGAUUGCUGCUGCUGUGUCUGUGGAUGGUACGCUCAGUUAAAGAGAAGGUGUGUCAAACUUUCCCUACAAGAGGACAGUGUUCGGGCAACAGCGUGCUUGAGCUGCUCAGACUUGAUACACCGAUAUCACAUUAUUGUGUUUGAGAAUGAAGACACAGAUACAGCUGCCCUGCGUGAGUGUGUGAGUGAGUGUGUGUGUGUGAGGCAUGAGGUGUUGAAAGCGUUUUCUGGUGAACUGCAGCUGUGCACAGAUCACAUGCUGUUAUUGCUAAAAAAAAAAAGAGGUAGUCAGAGCGGGAGAGCGACACCACUUUAUCAGAUGUUUUUUUUUGUCCUGCGGGGACAUUUCUUGAUGGCUUGACUGCAUCGCUUUGUGAACUGGUGAAGAGUAAGUCAGUGAGAUUCCAAAAUACUGGGUUGGACUUUCGUUCCCCGCGCCGAGGAUAUUUGAUCAGCUCCGGGGUCGACGCUUAAUUAAGCCCCUGGGGUCAUCGGAUCAAACUUCAAAAUUGACCGUUUUUUUGUUCACUUCAAGCUCAGGAGGUCAUCGUUGCUGUUUUCCCUUCCUUCUCGACAUUUAGAGAGGGCCUACUUGACAUCGCGUCCAUGUGCCGGGCAGCCCUGAGUGCUCUGUGAAGAAACCUUGUGGGUCAAGGAGGACAGGAAGCAGUGUCAGCUGAAACGCGUCAGACUCCGAUAUUAAGUACGUUGAGCUCUGCCAGAACCGUUCAUUUUGCCGAGUGUUACACGGCUCCCUUCACAUUCGCUCUGCUGCUCCCUGAGGACAUGUAAAGAGGAGACUGGGCCGACACGUGGAGGUUUAAAAUACUCAAGUAAGACAGGAUUCAGAGGGUUGGUGGAUUAUUGUGGACUCGUUGAGGGUCUUCUGAGUCUUUGGGUGUUGCUGUCUGUGUGCACGUUUGGCUGGGCUGGCGCUCUCAUAGCAUUUGACAGCUCCGCUCCAGGCUUCAUUUCAGCGUCUGGGACGUCAUUGCGUUACCUGUGUGGCUGAGUCAGAGGGCUGGCUCGUCACUAGACGUCUGUCCGCCCACUGGGAGAUUCUCUCCAUCCAUCCCCUCAAAGAAGACGCAAGUGUUUUGUUUUUUUACAGCGACAGCGGUGGCACCAGUAGUCCAGAACUUUGCGGGCUCUCCACACUGCUUUAUUUGUUCUGCUGGUGUGUAAACACCUCGCGUCACUCACACCUACCCACCGAGUGAUUCACCGCUCUCUAAGCAGGCGAGAGAAAAGGUGAGGGAGGAUUCGCUGAGAACCAAAGCGUGCAAACGGUCGCCACCAUGAAGCUUGCGUUCCUGGCGCUCGUGGCUGUGUACGCGGUGGGCAACGUGAGCGGCAUGUCCACGUGUAAGACGCUGGACCUGGAGAUGGUGAAGAAGAAGCGCAUCGAGGCCAUCAGGAGCCAGAUCCUCAGCAAACUGCGCUUGCCGAAAGAGCCCGAGGCAGACCAGGCGGGAGACGAGGAGGAGAUCCCGACCACCCUGCUGUCCCUCUACAACAGCACCAAGGAGAUGCUGAAGGAGCAGCAGACCGAGGUCCAUACGGACAUCUCCACGGAGCAGGAGGAGGAGGAGUACUUCGCCAAGGUGCUGCACAAGUUCAACAUGACCGAAAAAAACGACACAGGGACCACCAAGGCCUUCAAAAGUAUCCCGAUGUUCUUCAACAUCUCAGAGAUACGGAAAAGUGUGGGAGAUUACCGCCUGCUGACCAGCGCCGAGCUACGGAUGCUCAUCAAGCAAACCACGAUAGCUGAUAAGCAGCGGGUGGAGCUGUACCAGGGUCUCGUACCAGGGACGUCGCCCAGCUACCUCGCUUCCCGCUUCGUCACCAAUGAGUUGAAAGACAAAUGGCUGUCCUUCGAUGUCACUGAGACCCUGCAGAACUGGCUCAAAGGGACCGUGGAUGAGCAGGGUUUCGAACUUCGGCUGUUCUGUGAAUGCGGCCAGACAGGUGUCGACAGUGGCUUCAGCUUUAAGAUCUCUGGGAUCGAGACUGAUAGGGGAGACACACGAAUGUUUCAAAUUAUGACAAAGCAACCACCCUACAUCCUGACCAUGUCCAUCCCUCAGAACAGCAGCAGCCACCUCACCUCGCGCAAAAAACGCUCCACGGAGACAAAGGAAACCUGCACAGCCCAGACGGAGACCUGCUGCGUGCGGAGCUUGUACAUCGACUUCAGGAAAGAUCUGGGCUGGAAAUGGAUACAUAAACCAACGGGCUACAAUGCCAAUUACUGCAUGGGGUCCUGCACCUACAUCUGGAGUGCUGAAAACAAAUAUUCUCAGAUUUUGGCCCUGUACAAGCAUCACAACCCAGGAGCCUCUGCCCAGCCCUGCUGUGUUCCCCAGACACUGGAGCCACUGCCAAUCCUCUACUACGUGGGCAGGCAACACAAGGUGGAGCAGCUGUCCAAUAUGAUCGUGAAGUCCUGCAAGUGUAGCUAAAAAUACGGCAUGGCACACCGCUCUGCCCGCCCCUCGAACACACUGAGAUGUGUUCAAGAGCACGGAGGGGAGCAUGUGACGGAGGUAAAGGGGACGAGAAUAAUGUGGAACAAAAUAUUUGAAGUCAUCGGGAUCUUUGCGGUCACCACCAUUCCUCCUGCAAAAACUCUACCUUUAUCACACACAUCACACCGUGGACUUCUUCAUAUAGAUAUUAAAGAUAUCAUUUUCUAUGUGUAUAGACUUUUCCCUUGCAGUAGUAAAAAAUGUCUGUCUUAAAAUGAAUUAAUUUAUUUGUUGGAGGGACAGAUCUGUAAAGAAGUGUAUAAAAGUGAAACAUGAAAAAGGAUAAAAAAACAUGAUUAAUACCCCCCCCCCCCAACUAAAAGGUGGAUAUGACCUUGAUGAAAGAACACUUUCUUUUUCACAGAUGAUUGUGUGGGACUUUUGUUAUUUCCAUAUUGUCUUCCUUAUGAGGUCACAUUUAAAGGUGCUAAAAGUCCCAGGUGUGGAAAACGGCGGUGGUUGUUGGGGAUUUUCCUGGACGAUAACGCCACAGGUGUUUUUGGAGAGAGUUGCGCCAUAGAGGACAGCAGACAGCCGCGGGGACAGUCCGACCUGGGGAAACUCCCUCUGACUGAGAGGCUGGAGCCUUCAGCCAACAGAGCAGCAUUUCACACGAACCGUUUUACUCUUUGUUUGUUUUUUUAACCCACCUGACUUGUACAAUGCUAUUUUUGUCCUCGUAGGUGUAAUGCCAGUUUGUCCUUAUGAAGCCUCCCGUGCUGUCAGAGAACAUGAGUAAUAUCAGGGGGUGUAAGAGUGAUGACGCCGUGUUUUUUUGUCCCUCUCAGGAUUUACAGCUUGUUGUCUCUAGAGGGUGAGGGUAAGGGGGAUGUGGCUGUAGUGUCGGUUUUAGGGAAGCCGUUGACUCAAUACACACAUUUGCUGUUUGUUUUUCAUAGUAAAGUAGGGGCAAUUUUUUUUACUCAUCUGAAUUGUGAUGCUUUUUGCACAACUCAAGAAACAACCCAAAACUUUAUAGUGCACUUACCAUUUGAAAUUUGCAUUUGUACAUAUUUUAACAAUUUGAAAUAAACGUUGUUAAAUUAU